AUGAAGGAGUACCGGAUGACUGCAGCUGGUGCGCCAGAGAAAGACCAGUCAAUGAUAUUUGAUUUUGUGCACCGUACGGACCCUUUGUCGGAAAAGAAAACUCAAGCACUCAAUGCCAAGGUGGCUGCCAUGGUAGCGCUUGAUUUGCAACCAUAUAGUUUUGUUGAAGACCGCGGAUUUAAGGAACUCAUGGCAGAGGCUGUGCCUAACUAUCGCCUACCGUCGUACACCACGCUUUCACGUACCCUUGUUUCGCGCUUGUUUGAUGACACACGGAAGAAAGUGAAGGACGAGCUCAGCAGUGCUUUUGAAGGGGGAACAUCUGCAGUCACCUUUACCAGCGACGUGUGGACAUCACGCGCCUACGAGAGUUAUGUAAGCUUCACUUGCCACCUUCUCACUCCAAGUUUUAGGAUGAAGCGGUUCACGCUUAACACUCGCCACAUAAAACUUGUUAGCCACUCCACCGAAAACAUUGCGCAAAUGCUUGUCGAGAUGUGCGCGGAAUGGGAAAUACUGGAUGGCUGCCGCAAAUACAUCGUCACAGAUAACGGACGCAACAUCCGUGCCGCGGUCAGAAGGCUCCCGUGGACUGAGCGUGCGUGUUUCGCCCACACCCUGCAGCUAGCAAUUCACGAUGCAAUCUCCAACACACCGUCAAUUGACCGUCUGUGCAAGAAAGCGAGGCACAUCGUGGGCCACUAUAAGAACAGCUCGUUUGCGCAAAAGAGAUUAGAUGAGUACCAGAAGAAGAUGGGCGAAGAUCCACUUCGUCUGGUGCAAGAUGUAGAUACGAGGUAG